GUCUCAGGGCAGCGCGGGAAACCCAGAGUCCCGUGGCUGCAGUGGCUGCAUGAAUAUGACCCUGGAACAGGAGCUCCGCCAGCUGAACAAAGCCAAGGCCAGGGCCCAAAGGAGCGGGCAGCUGCGCGAGGAGGCUGCCUGCUGCCACCAGCUUGGGGAGCUGCUGGCUGGCCAUGGACACUUCGCGGAGGCCUUGAAGGAGCACCAGCAGGAGCUACAUCUGCUGGAGAGCGCCCAGGACACCCUGGGCUGCGCUGUGGCCCACCGCAAGAUUGGAGAGCGGCUGGCUGAGAUGGAGGACUACUCUGCUGCUCUUCAGCACCAGCACUGCUAUCUGGAGCUAGCUGGUUCCCUGUCCAACCACACUGAGCUACAGAGGGCCUGGGCCACCAUUGGCCGCACCCACCUAGAUGUGUAUGAUCACUGCCAGUCAAGAGAUGCCUUACUGCAGGCACAGUCUGCCUUUGAGAAGAGCUUGGCUAUUGUGGAUGAGAAGCUGGAGGGGAAGCUGACCCAGCGAGAGCUGAGUGAGAUGAGGACCCGACUCUACCUCAACCUAGGCCUCACCUUUGAGAGUCUGCAGCAGACGGCCCUGUGCAAUGAAUACUUCAAAAAGAGCAUCUUUCUCGCUGAGCAGAACCAUCUCUACGAGGACCUGUUCCGAGCCCGCUAUAACCUGGGUACCAUCCACUGGCGUGGAGGGCAGCACUCACAGGCCAUGCGCUGCCUGGAGGGGGCCCGGGAAUGCGCACAUGCCAUGAAGAUGAGGUUCAUGGAGAGUGAGUGCUGUAUGGUGGUGUCCCAGGUGCUCCAAGAUCUGGGGGACUUUCUGGCUGCCAAACGAGCCCUGAAGAAGGCCUAUAGGUUGGGUUCCCAGAAGCCUAUGCAGAAAGUGGCUGUCUGUCAGAGUCUUAAAUAUGUGCUGGCAGUAAUCCAGCUGCAGCAGCGGCUGGAAGAGGCUGAGGGCAAUGACCCUCACGAUGCCAUGGCCAUCUGUGAACAGUUGGGGGACCUUUUCUCCAAGGCAGGUGACUUUCCCAAGGCAGCUGAAGCUUACCAGAAACAGCUACACUUUGCUGAGCUGCUAAACAGACCAGAUCUCGAGCUGGCUGUCAUCCAUGUGUCCCUGGCCACCACACUUGGAGAUAUGAAGGAUCACCACCAGGCUGUUUACCACUAUGAAGAGGAACUGAGGCUACGCAAGGGCAAUGCCCUGGAGGAAGCUAAGACUUGGUUCAACAUUGCACUGUCCCGUGAGGAUGCUGGUGAUACCUAUGAGCUGCUGGCACCAUGCUUCCAGAAGGCUUUUAGCUGUGCCCAGCAGGCCCAGCAGCUCCAGCUGCAGAGGCAGAUCUUACAGCACCUCCAUACUGUGCAACUAAGGUUGCAGCCCCAAGAGGCGCCUGGCACUAAAACUAGACUGCAGGAGCUGAGUAUGGCAAAAGACAAGGAGGAAGAGGAGGAGGAAGAGAAGGAAGAGGAAGAGUCAGCCAGUGAAGCCCUGGAGGCCAGUGACCUGGAACUCUCAGAGAGUGAGGAUGAUGCUGACAGCCUGUCUAAGCGGCUACAGGAGGAUGAGGAACUUCAGGGCUGUCUGGGCCGGCGGAAGGUAAACAAGUGGAAUCGGCGCAAUGACAUGGGAGAGACCCUGCUACACCGAGCCUGCAUCGAAGGCCACCUGCGCCGUGUCCAGGACCUUGUGAGACAGGGCCAUCCCCUGAACCCUCGAGACUACUGUGGCUGGACACCUCUACAUGAAGCUUGCAACUAUGGGCAUCUGGAGAUUGUCCGCUUUCUUCUGGACCACGGGGCAACAGUGGAUGACCCGGGUGGCCAGGGGUGUGAUGGCAUCACCCCCCUGCAUGAUGCCCUCAACUGUGGCCACUUUGAAGUAGCUGAACUACUCAUUGAGCGAGGAGCAUCCAUAACCCUUCGUACCAAGAAGGGUCACAGCCCACUGGAAACACUGCAACAGUGGGUGAAGUUGUACUUCAGGGACCUCGACCUUGAGACAAGACAGAAGGCGGCAUCCAUGGAGAAGAGGCUCCAGGUGACUUCCUCAGACCCAGCCCCCCACAGCUUCCCUGCCUUCCAGACCAUCCCAAGUAACCAUCUGUUUGACCCUGAGACCUCUCCUCCCUCAAGCCCCUGCCCAGAAUCCUCAUGUACUCUUAGACCUUCAAAGGCCUCUCCAGCCCCUUCCAAGGUCUCUCCAGAGGCUGUGUUACCUGUGGCCAGACCUCGAAAGAACAGGCACAGGCCAGCCAGCAGCAGUAGCAGCUCAGAGGGUGAGGACAGUAUGGGACCCUGCAGGCCAUCCGAGAAGAGGUUAAGAUGGUCUGCUACAGCACAGCUGGAAGACGCCCGGAAGCCUAGCCUUGCCAGCAGCAGAGAGACAGCCAUAGCAAGUGCUGGCCAAGCUGCUUACCGGGCAGCCAUUCGAGGAGUGGGCAGUGCCCAGAGUCGUCGUUUGGCACCCAGCGUGCCUCGGGGCUCAGACCAAGUCCCUGCCCCCAAGGCAGCACUCAUUCCAGAGGAAGAAUACCUGGCUGGGGAGUGGCUGGAGUUAGAUGCACCUGUGACCCGCAGUAGCAGGCCUACUACUUCAGGGUCAGACUAUGAGCGGUGCCCUGUCAGGACCCGUGCUCGUGACAGGCAGAACCGCCCGACAUGUCUUGAGCAUUGGCGUGUACUGGACAAAACAGGAGAUGGCAGCCUGGCUGCAGAACCUCCUGCAAACUCCAGCAUGCUUAGGGCCUCAGAGCCCAGCAGGGAAAACCCUGUAGUAGGACAACCCUCGCUUCUGGUCCAGGCCCCUCCCAUCCGAGUUCGAGUUCGAGUUCAGGAUAACCUUUUCCUCAUCCCUGUCCCAUAUAGCAGUGAUAGCUGCUCUGUGGCUUGGCUAGCAGAGCAGGCUGCCCAACGCUAUUACCAAACUUGUGGACUGCUGCCAAAGCUAACCCUGAAGAAGGAGGGAGCACUGCUGGCCCCACAGGACCCCAUCCUUGAUGUGCUGCAAAGUGACGAUGAGGUGUUGGCUGAGGUAACUUCGUGGGACCUUCCCCCACUGACUGACCGCUACCGCAGGGCCUGCCAGAGCCUGGGGCAAGGGGAGCACCAGCAAGUGCUGCAGGCCAUGGAGCGUCAGAGUUCAGGCCCCUCGUUCAAUGCCUGUUCCCUGGCCCUGCACCAGGCCCAGCUCAUACCCUUGCUGCGGGCCCUCAAGUUACACACAGUACUACGAGAGCUGCGCCUGGCAGGGAACCGAUUAGGUGACAGAUGUUCUGCUGAGCUGUUGGCUGCCUUGGGUACCAUGCCUAAUCUGGUCCUCCUUGACCUCUCUUCCAAUCACUUGGGCCAGGAAGGUCUGCGCCAGCUUGUUGGAGACUCUUUGGGCCAAGCUGCUUUACAGAACUUGGAGGAACUGGACUUAAGCAUGAACCCACUGGGAGAUGGCUGUGGCCAAGCCCUGGCUUUCCUUCUGCGAUCCUGCCCCAUGCUUAGCACCCUGCGCCUACAGGCCUGUGGUUUGGGCCCCAGCUUCCUCCUAAGUCACCAGGCUGCUCUGGGUAGCGCCCUCCAAGAUGCUGAGCACCUGAAGACCUUGUCUUUGUCUUACAAUGCACUGGGUACUCCUGCUCUGGCCAGGAUCCUGCAGAGCCUACCUGUCCAUGUCCUCCUACACCUAGAGCUUGGCUCUGUGGCAGCCAGCAAGAGUGAUUUGAACCUCAUAGAGCCUAUUGUCAGAUAUUUGACCAAGGAAGGCUGUGUUCUGGCUCACCUAACUCUUUCUGCAAACCACCUGAGUGAUAAGGCUGUGAGAGAGCUGAGCAGGUGUCUCCCUUGCUGUCCCUCACUUGUCUCCCUGGACCUGUCUGCCAACCCUGAGGUCAGCGAUGCUAGUCUGGAGGCACUCCUAUCUGCCCUCCAGGAGAGACCAAAAGGCCUCAGUUUCCUUGGCCUGUCAGGCUGUUCCAUCGAGGGGCCCCUGAGUCCUGGCCUCUGGGACAAGAUAUUUAUGCAGCUGCGGGAGCUGCAGCUGUGCAGCAGACACCUGUGCCCUGAGGACCGAGAUGCCCUGUGCCAGCGGCUGCCGGGCUCCGGCACAUGUACACUGGACCGAGGCCCCAAGCUCUUCUUUCAGAACCUCUGACCCUGGUCGGGUUCUCUGCCGACAAAGCCUUAAUAAACAAAGCUGCUAUCUCCA